AUGACGAAGAACAACAAUAACAACGAUGACAUCAUGCCGAAGUGGAACGGAGAUCUCACCACGGUGGACGAUUACGAGAGAGACGUCAAAGCUUACAUCCGAGGAACCCGUCGAGAUGAACGAUAUGUAUGCGGCCCUCGUUUGUGGAGACGACUGGAAGGUCGAGCACGACAAGCAGCCAAGGAUGUGGACUGGGACCGCAUUGAGAGAGACGACGGUGCAGCUGAGCUACUGCGACACAUUCGUGCCAAGCUCGGUGCUCAGCCCAUCCAGGAUGCAGGCAAAUAUCUGGCCCGAUGGAUCUUCGAUCUUCGUCGAGACACUGGAGAGCCAAUGCCGAGCUACAUAAGCAGAGACGAUGAGGCCUACCACGACGUGGUCAAGGGUUUCGACACCGAGUAUUUCAAGAAGCAGCGCACGGCUCGGCUGUCGGAAAGGUCAAAGGAAUGGAACACCCUCUACUCGGAGCUCACCUGGUUCUUGUACAAGAUCGAGCAGGAGGGCCCGGAGGACGCCGCCGACAAGGCCAAGGAGUUGAACCACCAGCUCUGGAACUUCAUCAGGACAGGACUUGAGGAGAUCCCCGAGCAUCCGGAUUUCGGAACCGACUUCAAACAGGCGACUCCUCUUGACCAGCUGCGCGGAUGGCUACUGCUGCAGAGAUCAAGACUUUCCCCGACGGAGCGUGCGGCAGUUAUCAGCGCAGUCAAAGGCAACUUCGACUACGACAGCAGCGGCGAGCAGCUAAGAGUAUCUUGGCCAGAUGACGAGCUGACGAACAGAGAUAAGAAGCACGGCAAGGACAACCAUCGCCAUCGCGAGCGAGGUCGGAUCCAUGCCAGCUGGGAGGAGAACAGCGAGGACGACGACGACUGCAGCUACUACGAUGGCGACCAGUCGGAGGCCACCUAUGAGGACGCGGACGGCGACGAGGACGAAGGAGAUCCCGAGGAGCCGCUCUACAGCGCCCAGGAGAUCGAGGAGGCCGAGACCGCGUUCGCCGCCCAGCAGCGCAGUUUCGAAGAAGCUCGAGAUCUACUCCGACGAGUGAAGACCGCCAGGAAGUUCUACCCCGACAGCGCAAGUUCCAGGGACCUCGAGCUGGAUCCCGAGGCUCUGGAUCAUCGAAAGGACGAGGCCGAGGGAGCGGACAACGACGCGAUGUACCACCCCGACGUGAUGGAGAUCGCUCCCAGGGCCGGCCGCCCCACUAAGGAUCACAAAGACCGCGCUUCCUCCACCAGCAGCCAAGAUCGUGAACGACCUAAGCGAGGUUUCGGAGCCUACGUGAUCUUCGGCGCCGAGCAGGACGCCGAGAUGGAGGCGAAUCUCAUCAGGAACGAGACCUCGCGCCUGGAGCUGGAGACGACGCUCAACAAUAAGCCAGUGAUCAAGAAUCGACCGAAGCUUCCGAAGAAACAGCUCGAGAAGACGAUGUACCUAGAGGUGGAGAAAUCCAUCGAGAGGCGGGGGCAAGUCCAUCAUGUGAAACUACCGAGCUGGCCAACCCUGGAGAAGCUAGACGACUGGAUCCUCAUGAGUGUGAAGCAGAGCUCCUCCAAGGGCUUCGGUAUUCUGGACAUCGGCGCGACCUCCAGCAUCAUGGGCAUCGAGGCUGCCGAGAACCUACGCGAUAUCAUCUAUGAGCAGACGGGCAAAAACAUCAAGAUGGACGUUAGCCAGAAGAGUACCUUUAUCUUUGGAGAUGGCAACGCCAAGACCUGCACCGGCAAGGCAACCUUCCCUCUGAUGAUCGCCGGUGUGGACGGCGAGCUCGAGAUAAACAUCCUCGACGCAGAUGCCCCGCUCUUGAUCGGAGUGGAUGUUUUGAGCCGCCUAGGAGCUGUGAUCGACUGCGAGGCACAUUCUGUCUACUUCAAGAAGCUCGGGCGCCGAGCUGAACUGCUUGUCCUUCCGAGCGGUCAUCUUGCACUGCCACUUGUUCGACAAGCCGAUUUUGGCUUCGUGGCAUCUCUCGAGUACAUCAUCAUCAUUUACGAGUACGGGGGCACCAUCACCAAUUACGCCUACAGCAACAUCAUCAUCAUUUACAAGUACGGGGACAUCAUCAAUUACGUCGGGGACAUCAUCACUUACGUCGGGGACAUCAUCACUUACGUCAGGGACAUCAUCCGUAUCAGCCCCGGCUCCAUCACCUACGGCAUUAUCGGAGUUAUCUCCAGAGCCCUGAGCUCCGACAACAUCCAGUUGGUCCUACAUAUUCGCAUGAGCCUCAACCGCGAGGCGAAAUGUCGCAAAGCAGAGAGCCAGCAGAUCAAGCUGGAGAACGAGGAGAUGGAUGGCCCAUGGGAGCAGGUGGAUGUUCGGGCCCCGCUACUGGACUCGGGAUCAUCGGCGGCGACCUUCACGUCGACGCCGGCACGGCCUACACUACAACGGAUGCAGCCGCAGGGGCGACUGAUCGCUCAUCAGGACGUGAGGGGUCACAUCUUCUACACGAUCGAGGGCUCGGAGCUGGACAACAGCAUGAAGCGGAUGACGGACACCUUCCUGCAGGAGCACCUACCGAACUGGGAGAUGUGGUCCAGCAAGCUCCUCCAGCAGUGGACGCAGUGCCGUCGCUGGGGACGAAUCAUCCAGAAGGUCUUCAUCAAGACGAUCGACCGUGUGAACUGGAAGCUGGACAGCCUCGGACUACCCGUGCAGUUGCUACCCGAGAGGUACCCGACCUGGCCGGCGGACAUCGAGCAUCGUGCGAAGAUCGAGCCGCGCCAGCCGUGCACGGAGCCGAAGCAGCGCCCCCUGUCCCAGAAGUCAGCAGCCUCAGCAGCCGCGCGCGAGCAGAAUCAAGAGCUGCGAGCCACCAUCGAGACCGCAAAGUUAGAUUUCUUGACCAAGUUUGCGGAGGUGGAUGCGUUUGCAGCGCUGAGCUCGGAGCAGAUCCACGAGCAGCUCAGCAUGGUCACGUUGGUCAACCAUCUCAAGCCGCUGUGCAAGAUGUGGGGACUGACCCAGACUGGCAAGAAGGAGGAGGUGAUCGACAAGAUCAUCGCGUACAUCAUCGAGCAGCGCGGCACGGCGGCAGCGACUAUCAAGAUCAAGAAGGAGACGGAGACCAAGAAGAUGGAGACGACGGCCAUGCCCGUGGGCCCGGCGAUCUCAGCUCACUACACUCAGAUGUGCCAGCACCCGGACUGCAAGCUACGCCGAUGCAUCGCCAAGAACGAGCCGAUCGUGAAGAUGAGGCUCUACGGUUGGUGCCACCAGGGCAGGCCGCUGAAGGGCCACCAGCGCCAGGCGAUACGGGCAGCUACACAUGCGACGAGGUCGGCCAUUUUCGGAGCUAUGUGCGCCCUCGCAACCUUCGGCCGCCUGACGAUGGUCGAAGCGUACACCCACGAGGACUCGAAUCUCGGGAAGGUGUGCGACGAGAAGGGCUACCACUACGAGCGGCUCGGCCUCUUCAACGAGAACGACCUCAGCAAGCCGCAGGGCUACCACAAGGCGAAGUUCCUGCUAGACGAGAAGCGCCCGGAGCUCUUCGUCAGUACACCACCCUGCGGUCCAUGGUCGAUAAUGCAGAACGUCAACCAGCGCAACGAUCAACAGAAGGAGAACCUUCGCAGGAAGCGGCUCAAGAGCCAGCGGAUCUUCGAGAACAACAAGAGGCUCAUCGAGCACCAGGUGCUCAACCUGAACGGCUCGGCCCUCGCCGAGCAGCCCCACAACAGUCGGUCGUGGCAGAAGACCUGCUGGAAGGAUCUCCACAAGAUCCUACCGUACGAGGUGAUCGUGGAUGGCUGCGCCUGCGGACUACGAGCCCCUGACACGGGCGAGCUCAUGAAGAAGCGCUGGAAGUUCCUGACGAAUGACAGGAGGAUCUGGGUAGCCCUACAACCUCUACAGUGCCGUGGAGGACACUACCACGAGGAGAUAGAGAGUAGCUUGAGGACCGAGGCCUCGGGCUCCUACCCCAAGAUGCUGCGCCGCCGGAUCCUCAGGGCUCUGACCAAGAGCCAGAACCAGAACUACUUCGAGGGCGAGGUUGUGAACUGCCUCUGCAUGGCAGCUACCCAGCAGCCACCGACAGAGCCUACGCCAGAGGAGGACGAGCCGACUCUUCCACCACGAGACGGCAAGGAAGCGCACAACCUCACCAACGAGACGGUCAAGAAGCUCGAGAGCUACAUCAGAUUGGUCCAUACCAACCUCGGACACCUACCUCGAGCUCAUCUACUGCGAUACCUUCGCGACCGUGGCGCUCGACCAGAGGUGCUACGUCUGGCCAGAACCUUCAAGUGCGACAUCUGUGACGCACAUCGACCACCUACUAAGCGGCCACCAGCCUCAUCAGCAGAGCAGCCCCAAAACGGUCACGAGGUGCUUUUUGACGCUUUCUCGUGGAUCCGUCGCAGCACGAACACGAACGUGAUGGCGCUGGCGAUACUCGACGCCGGCUCGGACAUCCUCUACGUGCGGCUGAUCGACGAGAAGCCGAUCCCGGGUACGACUCGACAAGUUCGUGCCGGCGACCUUCGGCAUAUCUUUGCUACAAAAUGGUUCCCCUGGAUGGGACGCCCGAAGGUCAUGCGCUACGACCCUGCCGGCAGCGCCAUCUCCGACGAGUUCCGCGAGUGGAUCGAGAGCCAGGGAGUCUACUGUCUCCCAUGCGCGGCCGACGCCCACUGGCAGAUCGGCAAGAUCGAGCGCGCUAUUGAAGCCUUCAAGGAGGCCCUCGACGCUUUCGACGAGAUGGUCUCAGCCGAAGUACCCACCAGCGAGAUGCUCGGACUCCAGACAGCGGCCAGGAACGACCUGAUCAGGAUCGACGGGUUCAGCCCGCUGCAGCGCUAUGCGGGACGGACGCCGACCGGGACGACAGUCAACCUGUCGGACGAGCCAAACAACCUGCCGCUCAUCAGUGCCGAGCUGCAGGACGGUACCUUCAGCAGGGACGCCCAGGUACGACGGAUGGCGCGGCUGGCUCACAUCCAGACCGAGAACUCUGACCGAGUUAAGCGAGCGGAGGCCGCGCGCUUCAGGUCCUUCAAGAAGUACGAGACGGGCGAUCUGGACGCUGGUACGGACCUGGACGAGUACUUUGUCACGAGCCAGCGAGCUCGGGACACCGACCUGCCGGGGACCUGGACCUUCGGCGAUGUCCAGAAGCAGCUCGACACUAACGAGGUGAUCGACUUGUCGAACGAGUCCCCGCCCACUGGCGAGGAGACCCUCGUAGUCUUGACCCAGGAGGCGGCGGAGGUGGUGGAGCCUUGGCGGCGCCACCAGGACUGGAAGAGCGACCUCUACCUGGACCGCGACCUCCCAGUCCAGGAACCUCUCAUCCAGCCAGCUCAGCCAGAAGUUCCACCAGGCAUUCCACAGGAAGACGGCCACGAAGCUGGACUACCCGAAGAAGCUGAGCAGCCCAUCGAGGAGGAGAUCGUCAUGGAAGCCCCUCCCGGCGACGACCAGGAGGAGCGCGCGUCGCAGCGGCCCAUCGUGGCGGAGACUGACGAUGACCUCGACGAUAUCUCAGCGCCCGACGUGAACGAUAAGCGCCGGAUCCGAGAGCCCGGCACAACCGAGCCCCCGGCUAAGAAGCAGCGGGUCAACGCUGCGACCCAGGAGGCCUUCUCCUACUACCUGCAAGAGGGUAACUUCUACAGCGACUAUGCCUACAGUGUCCAGCAGUACGACGGUAUGAAGGAGAACGACGAACUCAUCGUGCUGGACAUCCCUGUCAGCAACGAGCAUGCGUUCAUGGCCUACAUGGACGACCCCAGCAACUUCGUGGCAUCGCAGGCCCGCAAGGGCCGGGUGGAGGUCUCAUUUAAGAAGGCGACGCCUGAGGAGAAGAAGCUGCUACUCGAGGCCCAGCAGAAGGAGUGCACCUCAGUCCUCAGCACGAAGGCCGUCAGAAUCCUCAGCCGACAGGGGAUCGACCCGGCGCGCCUGCUGCGCUGCCGCUUCGUGCUGACCUGGAAGAAGGAUGACCAGGGGAACUGCGGCAUCAGUAUUCGACAGAAUGAGGACUACACCUGCAGUCUCGCACAGGACAGCUACAGCCUGAACGUGGAGCCCAUCAAGAUACGACGUGGACGCAAGCCCACGGAAGGAGUUUCAGACAAAGAGAGAUCAGAUCUACGAGGCCGGCUUGGUACAGUCGGAUGGCGAGCUCAGCAGUCGGCCCCGUGGCUCAGUGCAGAAGUCUCUCUACUUCAAGCGGAGAUACCUACGGCGACGGUCUCUACCAUCCAGAAGAUCAACAAGCUGAUCCGCACCAUGAAUGACACUGCCGACGUGGUCAUGCUCAUCCCGGCCAUCGAGCAGAUCGCUGUGGUUGGCUGGGGCGAUGCUGCCUGGGCCGCUCGUAUCACUGGCGAGUCCCAGGGUGGCGAGAUGAUCGUGCUGGCACCACUGUCUUUCCUGAGUGGCUCGACAGAGACGGUAGCGCCUAUCUCAUGGAGAUCGUGCAAACUACCGCGAGUGGCCAGAAGCAGUACGAGUGCGGAGGUUCAGAUGAUGACAGAGACCCUCGACGAGAUCAGCUACGUGCGCCUGUUCAUCUACGAGCUGGAGUGCGGCCAAGUGGACUACACCAACAAGCAACACGUGAACGACGCCAUCUCAUCCUGCCCUGGCGUACUGGUCACAGACGGUAAGUCGGGCUACGACGCGAUCGAGAAGAGCGAGUCAGCUGGUCUCGGCCUACGCGAUAAGCGGACGAGCAUCGAGUGUCUAGGCAUUCGACAGCAGAAGGAGCAGACGGCCCUCCAGAUACGCUGGGUCCACAGCGAUGCCAUGCUAGCCGACGGCCUCACCAAGGAUCGAGCCGCCAAGGUCUUGCUGGAGUUCUUCCGGUCAGGUCAGCGCUGGAGACUCGUGGACGACCCCCUGCACCGCAGUGCUAGGAAGCGCAAGACCGAGGGCAUGGACAAGCUGGACCACGGCAAGCCGUUAUCAGCAGAUGACGAUGAAGCUAUGCUGGAGGCCCUGAUCUACUUCGCUCGCGACAAUCCCUACGAGCAGGAGACCCCUGCCGGAGAUAUAGCCCUUUGGGGCACUGUGAAGCCUCUCACGCGCUCUGUGCUUUCUGUGAAUUCAGUUGCCAGAGGCAGGUCUCGAUGCCGUAACAUCGAUCUUUAG